UUCAGUAGUCAAAACAAAACUAGGGAAACCGAAUUUUAUUUGCGAUAAAUAUAUACAUUGCUCAUGUCAAAUAAUAUAGAAUGGGUUUAUUGACAAUUUUGAAGAAAAUGAAACAAAAAGAAAAAGAAAUGCGACUUCUUAUGUUAGGACUUGAUAAUGCUGGUAAAACUACAAUAUUAAAGAAAUUUAAUGGUGAAGAUAUUAGUGUUAUAUCUCCAACCUUAGGUUUCAAUAUAAAAACCCUAGAACAUAGAGGUUUUAAGCUCAAUAUGUGGGAUGUUGGUGGACAGAAGUCUUUAAGAUCCUAUUGGAGGAAUUAUUUUGAGAGUACAGAUGGACUUAUUUGGGUUGUAGACAGUGCAGAUCGCCGUAGGCUACAAGAUUGUAAAGAUGAAUUGCAUACUCUGUUAUUGGAGGAGCGAUUGUCUGGUGCUACAUUAUUAGUGUUUGCCAACAAACAAGAUUUGCCUGGGGCUCUUACUGCUGAAGACAUAAAAGAGCUAUUGGAAUUAGAUCAAAUCAAGACUCACCACUGGCGUAUAAUUCCUUGCAGUGCAGUAACUGGAGAAAAUCUGUUACUUGGAAUAGACUGGAUUCUGGAUGAUAUCGCUGCCAGAAUAUUCACACUUGAUUGAUCGCAUAAAUGCUGCCCUUUUUAUAUUUCAAAAGAAUAUUGAAUAUUCCAAGCUGUGAUGAUCUGAAGUACCAACCUAUUGUAAUUUAACCUGCAGUUGAUAUGACACAGGCAUGUAUAUAUUCAGAUUAUGACUUCUGCAGAAUGUAUUUACUACUUUUCUUAAGUUGGUGGUGAUAAAUAAUAUCGAAAAUCUUAUAAAUAAUUUAUUAAUUCAAGAUUUGGCUGUACCUGUUUUUAAACAUGUUUUGCAUAAUCAACAUAAUGAUUCUAAUUUUUGUUACCAACUACUUUAAGUAAGUUGAUUAUUAAACUAUAUGUAAUACAUUUACAUUUGUGAAAAGUUUAAGAUGUUUCGCUUUAGUUAUUUCAUUGGUUAUAAAUAUUUUUAUUAACUCAAAAUAUAUUGAUGUUACUGAUUAAAAUUUGAAUCUCUUCAGGAUAGCAAGUGUUUGCCAGUCUGCAUAUUUCAAUAUUCUAAAUUUAUUUUUAUUAUGCCUGUUCAUGCAUUUUAAUUUCUUUGCAUACUUAUCAGAAUAUUAAUACUUUGCAUACUAAGUUAAUAUCAAAUUCCAGACAUAUAUUAAAAGAAGUACUUUUUUUAUUUGAUCCAGUGUGAAGGAAAUUGUUUUAAUAAUAAUAAAAAUAAUAAUUUUUUAUGGUGGCAAAGAGUAUUUGAAUUCAGAUAUUGAAGCUUUUUUUUCCUUUCUAUUUUGUUUACUUUCUUUAACAAUUAAAAAUUUUAGAGAUUUAAUUUCAUCUUUAACUUUGUUUCUAGAAAUUCUGUAAAAUUUUUACAUUUUAAACACGUUUUUGUGUGACACUCAGAGCUUCUCUGUUUGAAGAUAUAAUGUAUAUGUUUUUUUUUUAUUUGAAUGAUUAGCAGUGUAAAUUGAAAUUAAUUAUAACAAAUAUUGAAACUUUUUUAGAAAAUCAUGCCAAGUUAAUUAACAGUUUUCAACGUUUUUGAAAAGAUUUGAUUUAUACUGUUAUUCUGGGCUUUUUCUGUAAUUCUAAUAUAAAACUUUAUGCUAUGAAAUAUAAUGAAAAGCAUUUGAGCUAUAUUUGCAUAGUUUUUUUGUAUGCAUGUGAACAUUCUGUAUACAAUUUGCCUACAUGCAACUAGUGUAGAAAAUAUUAUCAGUAAUGAAUACACUCCAGAUGAAGUACAAAGUACAUUGGUUUGUGACUAUGUAUGUUACAUGUCUUAAGUAGCUCACCUAGAGCAUUUAUUAGGAAAAAAUGUAGUUUGUAAAAUAUUCCUCAUCUGUGGUAUAGCAAUUGAGUAAUGUUUGAGAAUUUUAUUAAUUCACAGAAUUUGGGUCAAAUAUUGAACACACUAAUGUAUUUGCAUGUUUUGAAGAAAUCUGUAUCACAUGUUUUUGAUAUGGUUUUAUAGUAGCACUUGCUAGGGCUGUUUUGUAAUUUCUUUUUCUCAUGGUGUGUUCAUAUACACUUAUAAGAGAUGGCAGACUGAGCUUGGUGUGCUAUUAUGCUGAAAGUUUUGAAAUUUUUCUCUCCUGCCAUCAAUUUUAGCUUUAUAUCUUUUUAACCUGAAACAAUGACACUAUUUCAAUUCUAUUGUACUUAGUAGGAAGAUUUAUAUCUUUAGAAUAUUUUUUAUAGAACUUAAUUUGUUAUACUACAUUGCAUUUCCUUUAUUUAUUGAGAAUGUCAAAUAGAUACAAAUAUCAAAUAAUGAAAUGCAGUUAUCUAUGGAAAAAGAAAUCAGAAAUUUAAGUUCAGUUUUUCCUUAUUAUUUUAUAAAGUUUAUUUGAUUGUCUUACUUGCGUUUUACUACUCGUUUUCAAGUUAUCAUAAUAUUAUGCAAUCAAACAAGAAACAUUACAAAACUUUUAAACUAUAUACAAAAAAGAUUAGCUUUAUGUAAAAUUAUUGUUAAUUAAUAAUAGAAAAUA